GAUUUACCAGGAACCUUGAUUACAAUCUCUUUUCUUUCACAUCUCCGGCAACAACCCACACUUUUCGGAACAAAACUGCACCGUUUUUGUUUCCAUCCUACACUGCUGAACCCCCUUCCUUUGUUGGGUUUUGGGGCGCAGAUUGAGUUCCAGAUAUUUCGUCUUGGGUUGGUUGCAACAUGGGCGAUUUUUCAAUCCAGAUUAGCACCAACCUUGUCAACCGACUUGCUGAAGAUGAUGAGAAGCUGAAGAAAAGAACAAAGAAAACCAAAAACAGGGUGCCACGAGAGCCUCAACAACCAAAAACUAAGGUCGAUCAGAAGCAAAUAUCUCAUGAUUCUGAAAGACAGAAAGGGAUCACAGGCACAGGAUGGCCGGUGCCGCCUCCCUUAUUUCUGCCUGUAAACCAACCUCCUUACUCAGCAAGUGCAGAGUUAGAUGCAAUUCGUUCUGUUAUUAAAGAGAGUGAGAAUGUUGUAGAAAAGUUGCGGAAGCAGGAGGAGAACAUGGUGCAGGAAGUAACACAAAAAGCUAAGGAUCUCCAUGAUAAGGAGUUCAAGAUUCCAGACCCAAAACCUAUGCUUUGUUUGGUUGAGAAUAAUGCUUGGAUGGCAUGCUACAAGGAGAAUGCUAAUGACCUAACUAAAUGUGCUUCUCUGGCUCAAAAUUUUGCGGACUGUGCUCGCAGAGUUAGGCAGCUAGCAAAAUCAGCUGAUUAGUAGACUUUGAUAGGGACAAUUUUUCAAGUCGUAGAAAGAGUGCGAACCACUUGUCAGUUAGGCAGUUUGUGUGAAACUUGAAUUUUGGCCUUUUGUCUUCUGAUUUUGUUACAAUCCUCUGCUUCUCUAUAAACGCUUUGUUAAUACACAUAUUCAAAGUGACAUGAUCUUCACCAUUUGAACUAUGGUGCUUGAACACACAAAAUUGUUUUCAUUAAUGCCUUGCCCUUUGCAAACAUUAAUUGCGUUGUUCAUUAUGUUUCUGUAAAUCUUAUGGUUUAAUAAUUACAAACAUUUAGACCUUUUCUCCA